CUCCGCGCCCCAGCCCCUGCCUCUGCCUCUGCCUCUGCAGGAACGCGCUCAUGUUCAACAACGAGCUCAUGGCCGACGUCCACUUCGUCGUGGGGCCCCAGGGCGCGGCCAGGAGGGUGCCCGCCCACAAGUACGUCCUGGCGGUCGGUAGCUCUGUCUUCUACGCAAUGUUCUACGGGGACCUUGCAGAGGUCAAGGCAGAAAUCCACAUACCCGACGUGGAGCCCGCAGCUUUUCUGAUCUUGCUAAAGUACAUGUACUGUGACGAGAUCGACCUGGAGGCUGACACAGUGCUGGCCACGCUCUACGCGGCCAAGAAGUACAUCGUGCCCGCACUGGCGAGAGCCUGUGUCAACUUCCUGGAGACAAGCCUGGAGGCCAAGAACGCCUGUGUCCUGCUGUCCCAGAGCCGGCUGUUCGAGGAGCCUGAGCUGACCCAGCGCUGCUGGGAGGUCAUCGACGCACAGGCCGAGAUGGCCCUGCGGUCCGAGGGCUUCUGUGAGGUGGACCGGCAGACGCUGGAGAUCAUCGUCACGCGGGAGGCCCUCAACGCCAAGGAGGCUGUGGUCUUCGAGGCUGUCCUGAACUGGGCCGAGGCAGAGUGCAAGAGGCAGGGCCUGCCAGUCACCCCGCGCAACCAGAGGCACGUCCUGGGGCGAGCCCUCUACCUGGUGCGAAUCCCAACCAUGAGCCUGGAGGAGUUUGCCAACGGCGCCGCCCAGUCGGACAUCCUGACGCUGGAGGAGACCCACAACAUCUUCCUGUGGUAUACGGCAGCCAACAAGCCCCUCCUGGACUUCCCCCUGACCAAGAGGAAGGGCCUGGCCCCACAGCGCUGCCACCGCUUCCAGUCCUCCGCUUACCGCAGCAACCAGUGGCGGUACCGCGGACGCUGUGACAGCAUCCAGUUCGCCGUGGACAGGAGGGUGUUUGUGGCCGGGCUGGGCUUGUACGGGUCCAGCUCCGGCAAGGCUGAGUACAGCGUGAAGAUCGAGCUCAAGCGGCUGGGUGUGGUCCUGGCCCAGAACCUGACUAAGUUCGUGUCGGACGGGUCCAGUAACACGUUUUCGGUGUGGUUCGAGCACCCGGUGCAGGUGGAGCAGGACACCUUCUACACGGUCAGCGCUGUCCUGGAUGGCAGCGAGCUCAGCUACUUCGGGCAGGAGGGCAUGACGGAAGUGCAGUGUGGGAAGGUGGCCUUCCAGUUCCAGUGCUCCUCGGACAGCACCAAUGGCACGGGGGUCCAGGGCGGGCAGAUCCCGGAGCUCAUCUUCUAUGCCUGAGUCUGAGUGGCCGGGGGCUGCCACCGCCGCCACCACAGCAGUCCCCUGGGUGCGCUGCGGUUGCUUGUUGGUGCUGUUAAAGGCGCCGCAGGCUUUCUCUUUCAAAGGCAGCUGCAGCCCAGUGGACCCAGGGCCUCCCCAUGCAGCCAGGGCCCGGUGUCCGGCCUCGGGUGGGGUGGAGGGCAGCUCUGAAGCACCCGCGCAGUUCCAAGGGCCCGGGUGUCUGCACCGGGAUUCUGAGUGGUCUCUGCUCCACUGGAGACCUUCCCUCCAGAUCCCCAGCCAGGGAAGUCACUGAGAGUAGUGCAGCUAUUUAAGUGGAUUUUCAUAAUAAAGGUCUCUUAAAAUGACA